AUGGCCACCAGUCCCAGCGCCGCCCAGCAGCCCAGCAGCAUGGAGGAGCCCCAGCAGCCAGAUCAGCCAAUCAGCAUGCAGCCAGACGGAGAGGCUGCUGCCUCAGCUGUGACCUCACAACCGACCAGUGCUGAGCAACAAACCCUGCCCUCGACGACGGACGCUCUAGAGAGCAAACAAACAGAGAUGGACCACCUGACAGUGAUCAGUGACGCCAUGGAGACCAGUAACGGCGUUGCCCCGGUGAUGGCUGACUCAUCCCCCACAGUGGCCUCUGUGUCGCCCAAGCUCCAUGCUAAGCCAGGCGGCCACGCUAAUGGCCGGCCUCGCUUGGGCAGCCGGUCCGGCUCGUUGGCGGCGGGCUCACCAAGGCCCUCGCUCACCCGCCAGCCCAGUGCCAUCACAGAGGCUGCUGUGGACGGAUCCAAGCCGAGGGACUACCUGAUCCUCGCCAUCCUGUCCUGUUUCUGCCCACUGUGGCCCAUCAACAUCGUAGCGCUCACCUUCUCUGUGAUGUCCCGAAACAGCCUGCAGCAAGGCAACAUAGACGGAGCUCGCCGUUUGGGCCGCAACGCCAUGGUGCUGUCCGUCGUCUCCAUUUUAGGAGGAAUCGCCAUCAUCGCCGCCGCCAUCGCCCUCAACUGGGGAUUGUGA